AUGGAUAAUGUGUCAUAUCCUGUGAUAUUGACUCUUAUGGUGCCAAAAGAAACUAUAUCAUAUAGGCAUGUAUAUUUUAUUUGCUUUCUUGCAUUAUAUGUGCUUAUCUUGUCAUUUAAUAUUCGUCUUGUUAUGGUCAUUAUCAUGGAAAAAGCUCUUCAUGAACCAAUGUACAUAUUCUUGUGUCAUAUGUGUAUAAAUGGGGUUUAUGGAGCCUCAGGAUUCUACCCUAAAAUUUUGUCAGAUUUAAUAUUGGAUUCAUAUGUGAUCUCCUUUCAUAUGUGUACUCUGCAAACCUAUGUUAUCUACAGCUCUUUGGUUUCUGAGAUCACAAUAUUAACAGUGAUGGCUUAUGAUAGAUAUGUAGCCAUAUGUAAACCUUUAGACUAUCAUUCUAAAUUAACUAAAAACACCUGUGUGAAAUUAAUUCUGUUCUCAUGGAUUGUCCCCACCUGCUUUUGUGUUACAGCAGUCUUGUUAUCAAACUUUAGGCCUAUUUGCAAAUAUCACAUUGACAAAUUAUAUUGUGACAACUGGUCAAUUGUAAAACUGUCUUGUGUUUCAAGUUUUGUUAACAAUGUCUUUGGAUAUGCCAUGACUGUCACAUUUGCUGGCUUUAUAGUUUUUAUCAUAGUGUCCUACUUUAAACUGAUCUCUGCAUGUAAAGCAUCUUUAGAAAACAGAAGGAAAUUCUGGCAAACAUGUUUACCACAUAUAUUAUCACUGGUGAAUUUCACUUCUGCUUAUUUAUUUGACAUCAUGUAUAGUAGAUAUGGUUCAAAUGACAUUCCAGAGAGUUUGCGUAAUUUUCUGGCUCUAGAACUGGUGAUAGUCCCACCUGUGUUCAAUCCUCUGAUCUAUGGGUUAAAUAUAAGAGCAGUGCGCUCAAGAGUUUUCACUUUAUGCGUGUCAUCCCACCAUCUGUGUGGUGGGCGUGCCGCGGGUCUGCCAAUCCCCAUCGGCGUCGUGGCUGGAGGAUCCCCCGUCUCCGCCUCCAGCCUCUGUCGUCGUCCCGCCAUCACCUCAGGACUCCGCUCUUCCAGCUGCGCCACGUUGCUCUGUCCCACUGGCUCCGUUGGGCUCCAUUGGGCUCCGUUGGGCUCCUCCCUCCCUCCAGCUCCGCCUCAGGCCUCUGUCACUCCGGCUCCGCCAUAG